AUGCGCACAACACCCGUAAAACUCUUACCACACUCACCCACCAUACCAAACCCUCACCCGGAAAGGGCUUUGACGAAGGCGGAGAAGGAGAAGAUGGACAGCCUGCGCCUGACAGACGCUGACUGGGAGAUCUUGCAGGCGUUGAAGACAUUUCUCAGCCCCUUCAACAAGGUCUCCAAGGCAACUGAGGGGGCGGCAUACCCAACAGUGUCGAUGGUGGUGCCCUACUACAACAGCCUAAUCGACGCCAUGGAGUCGCGCCUUGCCAAGGGGCCAUCUACGACGCUGGAGCCGAUGAUCGUGGCGGCGCUGGGCCACUUGAAUAAGUACACGUAUAUCACCAGCAACGAGUACUGGAUCGCCACCUUCCUGGACCCAUCCAUGAAGGUGGUGUGGUUCGACGACGUGCAUUGGGAGAAGCUGCAUCCUGAUACGCGCAGGAGGGAGAGGCCGCGUCCCACGUCCGGCAAGGUGAUCAUGCCGUCGCGCACCUUGUCCCGUCGUCGUGCGCUCCCCCUUACCCCGCCUCCUUCCACACCCUGCCCGUUGCUGACGCGCGCUGCCUGCCCAUCGUCGACGCGCGUGCUCGGCCUGCCAUCGACGCGCGUGUGCGCCCUGCCCACCGCCGUCCCUCUCUCUGCCGCCCAGCCUUACCCCCUCGCGGCCGCCCUCCCUUACCCUCUCGUGGGCAUCCUGAUUCACCUCUUUGCAGGCGCCUUCCCCUUGUCAUAG